GCACUGCACUGAGAUUUAGGGGAGGAAGUUUGGCAUUGUAAAUGGAAGCAGGAGACAUUAGUUCAGAAAUGUAGGUUCUGCUGCAGAUGGACUGUAGUCAUAUUUUUGUAUGUUCUGAGUCCUUCAAAACCUCCUUAUCAUCCCUCUUGUUAAAUGCUUGUGUUACUGACAAAAUUAUAAGGGGAGUUUCAAAUACAGGAUGAAAAAAUAUACCAGCGUUCUCUCUAGUUAACCAGAAUGCUGCAUACAUCGUAAGAUUGAGUGCCCUUUUUAUGUAGCCAUGUCCCAGCUCACAGCUGACUCUUAUUGGCCUACCAUCUGGCCUCAAAGGAGCGGCCAGGUCCCUUCCCUCCUCUCCCAUCCCUGCAGGCGCUCCUUAUCCCACUUCCUGCCACUGCCGCACUCCCUGCCAAAAAGCAGGUGGGAACACUGCAUGCUAGUGACGUACCCUGCCUCACAGUGUAUCAGCUGUGGUCAGGGUUGUAUUCUUUCAUCCCUAUAUUCAGAGGAAAUGGGAAAUCAUAGAAUCAUAGAAUGGCUUGGGUUGGAAGGGCCCUCAAGGAUCAUCAAGCUCCAACCCCCCCCGCCGCAGGCAGGGCCGCCAACCUCCACAUCUAAUACUAGAGCAGGCAUGGAAUAAAAAGGGGAUAGGCUAAAAAAAAAUAAUAAAAUCUGGAAAUGGGGGCAGUAAACAACCAUCUUAGUGUGGUCUCAUCCUCCACAGAUGUUUCCCAGAAUUUUUCAUGUAGAUUUGCAUGUGAGACUUCUGAUUUUUUAUUAUUAUUAUUAUUUUGCUUCUUUUGUACCAGUGUACUAUCAUUAACCCCAGACACUUUCUUUCCAUUUUGUAUUUGUAUGAAACUGAGCCUUACAUUUUGGACAAGAAAUAUAACUGAGAUCCAAAGUUAUAUUUGAUUCUUUUCAUCUUUCUGUCCUUAUCUUCAACAGCCACAUGGGCUAGAAAUGUAGUUACUCUAAAUGGAAGUAUAUAAUCUUCAGAAGUUGCAGGUUACAGCACUGUCCUGUUUGCUACUUAAUGCUGGUGAGAGGAUUAGCUAGCCUUUUUAUUUCUCUGUUGAUGUGCACCAGAGCUACCUACCUACCUACCUUUUGCUUUCCAAAUGUUCAAAAUGACAGCUAACAAUGCUAUUUCAUGCAAUUCAGUUGUGCGUUUACAUGGUGUCUGAUUUCACAGUGUUUAUAUCUCCAUUAAAAUAUGUCAAUACAUGUGUCUGAGAGGUAAUUUAUUUAAAUUGUUCUGUGUACGUUGAACUGUAAAGCUUUAAAUCAAGACUGAAUUAUCUUCCUCAAAUAUUUACAGCAGCUCAGACAUCAGUGAUUGGCUUAAUAGGGGAAUACUUGAUGUCUGUAACUCAUGUCCUACAGGAUCUCACAUUUUCAUGAAGUCCCACCUAUUCCUAAAAUCUCUGAUGGUUGUACGUUAAGGAAGGGAAUUUUGUAUUCUGCUAAUAAUAACAAGGAUGGCUUCAAAGGUUGUUUUAGGCACAUUCAGUGCAUGGGUUUUGUGCCCAGGAAGGACAGUGAGAAAGCUCUGCUGACUUCUGUGGGAGCAGAAAUAGCCUCCGAUAUCACUUUUCCCCAUUUCUCCCUGUGUUCAAUAGUUAAAUACAUUUUAAUGUCCCCAUAGUGCCUGUGCAGGAAAACUGAUAAAAAUGGAGAUGUCUGCAUGCUCUUUGUGCUAAGAAACAUUAUGAGAAUAUGAGCUUAACUCAGUGAGUUUGCUGGCUCCUGUAAUCCUCCUGGGUUGUGAGUCAAUGUCUGUCUGUUAUAUCUCUUUCUUUGUUUUGUUAGUACUUUCAGUUUAGACUACCAGCAGCUGAAAUCUACACAGUUAAGUCCACUGCUGAUGCUAGACGCAGCAUGAAUUGGUAUUGUUUUGACAGACAGACAAACAGACAGUUUUAAACUGAACAUUUCAUCCUUUGGAGCUACUAGGAGUUAAAACGUUAAUGCAACGUUAAAGUAAUAGUAUUUUGACUCUUCUUGACAAAUGUAGCACAUCUUGUGAGUGGCAGUUCAGCAAGAGAGAUUCCAUCUUGCAAGUAUCAUUUUCAAAGGGGCAUUAUAGAAAUUAUCUCUCAAAAACAGUUCUUAAAAGAGAAUCUUCCUGGUAGUAAAUAGGAAAAGACUUUUCCAAAGUAGGUGCAGUAUAUUGUUAAAUUAAUAGCUACGUACACAGACACCGUUACCAUCGUUAGGUUGGCCUGGCCAUAGUGAAUAGGAUCUCUUGCAACAUCUGAGGUCAGAACAAGCUCAUUUUUGUGGUGGGAGGAUGCUGAGCUAACAAACUAGCUAAUUCAAGUGGCAUACCUACGUGUGUCUUGUAAAUGCACUAGGGUUGCUAAUUUUAGCUGAUGGGAACUGGGAGCAAGCCAGCUGUGGAAAUGUAAAAUUUUUUGCUUGUUAGCUUCCUUGUAGUCUUUCUAGUGUAUGAGUAAUGACUGUGUUUUUGGUACUUUCCAGAUAAUCCUUCAGUUCACGGAGUUGGUAAUUUCCUUCGGUCUUCUUUUAAAGGGAAAAUAUAAAUGAAUAGCGAAUUAGAUACAGUAUAUCCCUUUUUGGUAGCUGUAUGCUGUAGGCUGACUUGAUGGAGUCUUAUGUAGGUAUCUCCUAGAAGUGUGUGUACAUGUGCAUAUUCUCUUUUUACCCUCUCACAUCUGUGGGAAAGGACAAGCAAGGAUGGGGAAAGAGCUCUGAGCAGUUCGAUGAGCUUGACCAUUGAAGACCUCCAAAGCAAACGCACCCUGGAGGAGAUCAUCCUUCCCACCUCUGGCACAGAAGAAUGAGCUUCCAUGGUUGGGACAUUCCUGGUUUCCACAUUUCCAACUUUCCUGUUUUUGUCAAGUGCACAACACCAUUUAGCCCUAAAAGAAGGAUCUGUUGUGUAAGAUUUUUUCUACUCACUUUGCCAGAGCUCUUUUCUGUGUUUUUAAAUAGUACUGUUGACAGAUUUGAGCUCUUUGCUGCUCUUGGUUGCUCUUUAUUUGCUAUAGGCAGUAUGGAAAUUUCUUCAUUUGAUCCUUGUUUUUCAAAUGGAAGAUGAUGUUAAAGAAAUGCAUAGAGUAUGACUAAGAAGAUUUUUCUGUUUGAACAUCACUGUGCGCAAAAACAGUGUAGUUAACAUCUUGUUGCUUUCAUUUCUCUUUUUUUCCCUUCUGACUCAUGUUUGGGGAGUUUAUAUUCAGUAUCUCAUCUGACCAGCUAACAGUGGCUGCUUGCUGAUAACCCAUACGUUGGUCAUCAUUUCAUGAGCUGCUCUGUAAUUCUGUUUAAUGGCCUUAGUGUACUAAGGUAAAAGUUGCUCUAAUGAUUGAUUAGCCAAACCUACCUACCUUAUCAGUAAUAACUGAUAUUCCUUAAAUUGCUAACAUAAUUUAUUUGUAAAGCUGUUCGUAACGCUGAAUAAUGUUAUUGAAAGCUUUUUGUAUGUCCCUCAGGAAAUUCCGUAUUCCCCCAGCAUAUAUACCUAUCCCCCAGGCAUUUCUAGCACACACUUUCUCUGACUAGUAAUAUUUAAACAUCUUAUUAUUCUGUGGAUAACAGGGUGAAACUGGCUUCUGCUUAGGCUUUGACUGAGAGCCCAUUCACUUGCACGUGGGGGGAGGUAUCCUAUCUUUUUUUAUGUCUUUGGAUUGUCCAGCAAAGAACUUCUCAGACUGGGAUUGCAGGUAACAUUAGCUAUCACAACAUUGCUUCUCUUCCUGUUAGCAGUUGAUACGCUUUACCUUAACAGCAUUUAAGUGGUGAUUAGUUUUCAAAGUUCAGCGUUAAUUAAGGCUUCUGUUUAGGAUUUUAGACAGUUAGUCUAAUUGUCAAAUGGCUGAAAUGCAGAGCAGUACAGAAACUCCAUAGGGCUACAAAAUACAGCAAGUAUUUUUAAAAAUUUUUCAGCACGUUUAAUUGAAAACCGGUGCAUGUCCUUCUGGAAUGUUCAUGUGUUGACAUGUUUUGUGCAUAACUACACAUUAACCAUUGGUUGUAUGGUCGGUGAUUGCUGUUCCUGUGUUACUUUUUGUCUGUCUUUUAAAGAAGUGCUGGAGUCCUCUGAAAUUUCACAAUGAUUCAGUCUCUGCUCUUUUUUAUUUUUUAUUUUUUCUUAACAUAUAUAAUGUUAGGAAAUCUUGACUGAUAUCAGGCAUCGUGUUUAAUUUAAUAUGUUUCAUGCUGGGCAGGAAAUUAACUUUUUUGAGGAAAAAACAAAGUGCUUUCACUUUGGUUACUGGUCAGAGUCAGGUCAGCACAGAUGCACUGAUAUGUUACGUUUCAUUCCUGUUCCCGUAUGGGUUUUCUCAGCUGAAGCUCUUGUGUUGCCUCAGUGAUCAGAUGUUUAUUGCUAUUUGUUCCUGAUGGUUUUCCUCAUAGGGGAGACACUCCCGUCCCUUCAUCACCUGGGUGGCCCUCCACUGGACUCCAAUCAGUGUUACAGAGUCAUUAAGGUUGGAAAAGACCACUAAGAUCAUCUAGUCCAACUGCCAACCCAUCACCACCGUGAUGGUGCCCACUGAACUAUGCAGUUCAGGGCCACAUCACCUCUCUCAGGGAUGGUGACUCUACCACCUUCCUGGGCAGCCUAUUCAAGUGCAUUACUGUUCUUUCUGAGAAGAAUUCUUUCCUAAUAUCCAGCAUAUAUGCUGGUUGUUAAUUUUCUUCACCCAAGCCAAGUUAAUUGCACAGAAGCUCUAAAGAUGACUUUGGUGUCAUUAGUAUAGAGUCCUUACACCCCUGAGAUCUGCCUCCAUCAAGGGUUACUUGAUGUGAGUAGCCACAGGACUUGAAAAGAUGCUGUCAUACAGGCAGCCCUGGAUUGCAGCAUGUCAUUUACUCUCUACCUAUCCCAAGGGGGAAAAAAACAAAGUUGGCAGGCUCUCAGGUCUGGAUGAAACUAUAUCACAGCAGAGCUUCCUGAUAAGUCCAAGUUGUGUGCCUGAGGCAAAAGUGUCUUGCUUUCUUUAUGCUGAGGUAUUAUUACUCAAUGCCUAAGCCUAAUCCACUCUGCACUUGCUAAUGGUUGCACAGUGUUUCAUUUAAUGUAGAGCAGCCCACAGUACACCGUCCUCUGUGGCUGCAUGUUGAAACCCAUCACUCACUUUACUUUGCUCAGUUCUUGAUAUAUGUUCUUGAUUUUCAUGGAAGGAAUGCUUAUGUUUUCAGUUACCCAGUGGAACAUUUGUGUCUGUGUAGCUUAGAUUUGGUCAGUUCUUUCAGCACUCCCACACCAGCUCUUUUCUCCUUCAUGCAAUUGUAAAGUAUUGCAGGCCUUGUAUUUCAGGAAGAUGUUACUCCAAGGUGAGAAAAGUGUCUCCUUUUCUCUAAUGUUACCUUCAAAGUUACAAUUCGUUUAUUAUAUUAUAUUAAUAUAAUUAAUUCUAUAUUAACAUCAUUGAUCAUGUAUUAAUAUUAAAUAUUAAUAUAAUUAGUAUUCUUUAUUAGUGUUGUAUAUUAAUAUAGAAUUAUUGGGAACAGUAAAUUAUUUAGUUGAAAUACUACAAUUUAUGCUAAAUAUUGUUAAACAUUAUUUUCCCGUUCUUAACUAUUGCUUACUUUUGGUAGCCAACACUGUGAGUAUUUCAUGGAAUAUCAUUGACUUUUUCCCCCAAGCAAUUGAAGGUUACUCUCAGAUGUUGUGCUAGCUCUGUCCUUGGAGAUUUUCAAGAUUCAACUGGACAAAGCCCUGAGCAACCCAACUGGCUCCUAGCUGGCCUUCCUGUGAGCAGGAAGUUGGAUAAGAGACCUGUUGAAGUCCCUUCCCACCUAAAUUAUCUUCUGAAAUACUAGUUUUUAAAUUUGAUGAAAUUUUAGUGGUAGAGGCACUAGGUUUCUUGGUGUGACUUGAGAUAUACUGAUAUUAUAGGUUUAUCAGUCUGUGAUGGAAAGGAGCACUAAAAUUUAAUUUGACUUUGCAGAAAUUAAUACUGUCACAGUGCUUAAGGGAACUAUUCAAAUGAGUGCUGAUGCCAUAUUAGCAUAGCUGCACCUUCCUUGAAUCUUGUGUUGGCAGGAUGUUCACUAUUUUAGUUAACAAAGGAAAAAAAGUGAUAAUGGAAGACUUAUUUCUGCAUGAAAGCUUGGAUUGAAAUGACUUUAAAAAGAAGACUGGGAAACCUUUUCCUUGCUGAGAACCAGCGUAAUACCUUUGGUGGGUCACAACUCAACCCAGAGCUUAUUGUUGUCUCUUAAAAACACCAAGAAAAAAAAAUCAUACAUUUACAAACAGUACAAAACCAUAAACUCGCUUUUACCUAUUGACCCUGUAUGGAAUGAUCCAGUAUUUACUGACGUGAACAAAAGGACAGCUAUCAGCAUAGAUGAACCUUUGAUCCAGUCCGUAUCAGACUGCUUUAGUGUUUGAAUGUCAGCUCUCCUCCCUCCCCCUCUUUUUUUAAAUGAAUUAAUGUCAAAUUAUGAUUUACGUACAGAAUAAAUGGAUUUUGAGAUUCUGCUCUGUAUAUGCUUGAACUGAUGUCCCCAGGCAUAAAAGCACUUAAGCAUAAGUUAAGCCUACUGGCAGAUUCGCAGAUGUCACUGUCCAUGACUUGGAGUGCCCCGAGUUCAUUGACUUGCACCCUGACCUCUGAAAUGACUGGGUGACCUGAUCCUAUUUGAUGACAUGAAGAAGAUGCAUUUUAGACAUCUGAUUGAAGUGACAGCACUUGGCAACCAAACCACUUCACCACCUAAAAAGAAUUUCUGUAGCAGCUUUACCACCAGCUGAAGGGCUUUGUGAAUGCACGGGAAGGCCAGCAGAGCGUGGAGUGGGAAAGAAAAUCACAGAUUCUGGUACCAGAGGAAACCCAGAUACAAUUAAGGGUGUGAAAAGAAAAAAGAUUGUGACUGAAAACCAUCUAAAAAAAAUACCAAAAUCGCCUUUGAGAAACCCUACGGAAGCCAAGGUUAAACAAAAUAUAGACCCUUCACCGCUGAAAGUUCUUCAGGAUGCCUCAGAACAUGCCACAGCACAGGAUCACCUGCCUGUGCAAAAUGGAAAUCAGUGUACCAAACAAAAUGGGGGAGUGCUUAGUAGUGAGAUAAGCACUGAAACAACCAAAUCUGAGAUACCAAUGCGGACAAAGCUUUCAUCAACACAUCAGUCCUUAGACUUGAGUAAGAAGACGGUAGAGGAUUCUGAUGUGAACCAGUUAAGCUUGCCAGAGAAGAAGUCUCUCUCCAAGUCCUUACCAAGUAAAACAAAGACUGACAGUAAUGAAUGUAUUACUUUUGUUGAUGGUAGUACAUCAUCCCCAUGUACACGUACUGCUUUUGAUGUCUUAUUAAAAGCUAUGGAGCCUGAACUGAACACCUUAGCACAAGAGUGUCCCCCUUAUGGGAUGCAGGUAGAGAAACUGAGACCAAAUAAAACUGUAAGCACCUCUGCUAGUCUCGUGUCCAAUACAGUGAGCGUUCAGAAUCAGUCCGCUUUGUCACAGAAUGAGUUUGCAGCUGGACCUCGCUAUUUCCCAUGUACAUUAAACAACGUACAUGUAGGAACAGCAGCCAAGAGUGGACAAGCACAGGUCCAGACCAUUUCUCCUUCGCAGGAUCUUGUUGCUAAAACAAGUCAACAGAAUCACCAGGUUGUUGUGUGUCCAAGUUUCACUGGAUCUGUGGUGCAACAGCAGAGCCAAGAAAACCCCAAGCUCCAGCAGAUAUACAGCAUAGCAGUAACUUCGUCUGGCAUUCACACCUCAUCUUCCACAGUAACUCAGGUUUUUCCUCAAAACCAGUUAGUAACAAGUUCAUCUUCACCUUUGUCAAUUAACACAUCUAGUUCAACACAUUUGUCUACAGGUCCGAUGUAUAAUUCAGCCCAGAUAGCAUCAGUUGUAAACCAUGGCGUGGAACAAAUAUGUAACCUCCUGAAAGACCAGAAGCCUAAAAAGCUAGGGAAGUAUGUCUGUGAGUAUUGCAAUCGGGCCUGUGCCAAGCCCAGCGUUCUCCAAAAGCACAUCCGAUCCCAUACUGGAGAACGACCUUAUCCUUGUGUGACAUGUGGAUUUUCAUUUAAAACCAAAAGCAAUCUGUACAAGCACAAAAAAUCUCAUGCACAUGCUAUCAAACUUGGACUUGUCCUGCAGCCGGAUUCUGGUGGUCUCUUCUUAUCUCAUGACUCAGACAAAGCACUUAGCAUUAAUUCAGAUGUGGAAGAAAGUGGUGAAAGUGAAGAUGAAGGCACUGCUGAUGAAAGACAAGACGAUCAGGAACUGGAACCUGCACAAAUAGUGAAAGUCAUUUCAAGUGCAGAAACAUUACAGAAAGAAAGCCCUAUCCCACUAAGCAAUCCAGACUGUAUACUGGGUGAUACUUCGUUACAUGAUACAGAGCCGCAAGUAAGGGCAGCUUUACCAAAAGUAGUAGUUCACCCUGUAAGUGUUUCUCCGUUAAGGGCUGAUAGCCCCAAAGUAAAAGACCCAGCACCUGAGCUUGCAGCAGCACAGAGAAAAGGAGAUUUUAAGGCAACAAAUCUUCAAUCAAAUUUAACACAUACAGUGUCACUCAAAGACAGUGACAUAAAGCAACAUCAGAAAACAGAAAUGGGCUCAUUAGAGGAGCAGCUGGGAUCUGCAGUUGGAGCAGUGCAUGCUCAGCUUCAGAGACAGCAGGCAACGGAUUGUUCCCAAGAGCAGCAGGGAAAAUGUCUUUUGAGCCCUAGAAGUUUAGGUAGCACUGAUUCUGGUUAUUUCUCUCGUUCUGAAAGUGCUGAUCAAACAAUGAGCCCACCAGCUCCUUUCGUAAGAGGACUGCUGACCUCUGAGAAGGAUUCAAAUAAGAGUUUGCCUUCUGUGCCACGUACAAGUGGAGUGGUAGCAUCAGUGGUGCAAACCGUUUGUGCUGAGAAAAAUCUAAUUCUUUCGGGCCAAAUGCGACCACCCAUGGCAACAAAAACCCUCGAGGAGCGUAUCUCGAAGUUGAUUUCUGAUAAUGAAGCUGUUGUGGAUGACAAACAAUUAGAUAGUGUGAAACCAAGAAGAACAUCUCUUUCAAGAAGAGGAAGCAUAGAUUCACCAAAAUCCUACAUAUUUAAGGAUUCUUUCCAGUUUGAUUUAAAGCCCAUGGGAAGAAGAACUAGUUCAAGCUCUGAUAUACCAAAGUCCCCUUUCACACCCACUGAAAAAUCAAAGCAAGUGUUUCUUCUUUCCGUACCAUCUCUUGACUGUUUGCCUAUUACACGGAGUAAUUCCAUGCCUACUACCAGUUACUCAGCAGUACCUCCAAAUGUAAUACCACCCUCUCAUCCACUUCGAGGAAGUCAGUCAUUUGAUGAUAAAAUUGGCUCUUUAUACGAUGAUGUUUUUGUGUCUGGACCUGCUACCCCACUGAACCAGGGUGGACAUACUCGGACUCUUGUUAGACAGGCGGCAAUAGAAGAUUCUUCUACUGGUGAAAACCAAGUUCUUGGACCAGCGCGAUCUGUAGAAGAAAGUUAUCUGGGAUGUAAUUUAUCAAAUGAUUCUUUAUUGCAGAGAAGCAAGUCCCUGGCACAGGCAUCAAGUUUAGAAAAAACAAAGAAGACCCCUCAGGUACGAGGAACAAUGUUUGAGUGUGAAACCUGCAGAAACAGGUAUAGAAAACUGGAAAAUUUUGAAAACCACAAGAAAUUUUACUGUUCAGAGUUGCAUGGACCUAAAACUAAAGCAGCAAUCCGAGAGCCUGAGCAUAAAACUGUUCCAAAUAGUACACAACCUCAAAUUCUGCACUACAGAGUUACUACUUCAACUGGUGUCUGGGAACAGACACCCCAAAUAAGGAAAAGAAGGAAAAUGAAAAGUGUCGGAGAUGAUGAUGAUCCACAGCAGAACGACACGAGUAUGCCAUCAAAGAAUGCUGAAAGCCAAAGUAAGCCAACAAAUUCUUCCAGUCUGUCAAAACACAGUGCAACAGUACUAGGUUCGCAACAACCAAGCAACCUUUUACUUCAAAGUUCACAAAUUCAGCUUGUGGCUCAAGGCACAGAUCUGACUGCCGAGACAAAGAUGUCUCCGCUUGCUGAAAAGCAGACAAGUUCAGUUAUGCAAGAAAAGGUGGAAUUGAAAAGACAAGGGACUGGCAUUUCAGUAAUACAGCACACCAAUUCACUGAGCAGAAAUAGCUCGUUUGAGAAAUCUGAAUCCUUUGAAAGAGUGUCACCAGUUUCAUCUCAAGAGCCUAACAAGGUUGCAAAACAUCUCUCUUUGAACACACUUGCAGUCCAGGAGGAUAGACACUCGCAUCUGAAUGCUUCCCAGCAUCAUCAGCCACUGUCAUCAGAAGCAGCUAGAGGGGAAAUGCAGGGAAGCCAAAUAGUUUCUAAUGAGAGAAGCAUCCCGGUGCAGCCAUCAAGACUUGUUCGCCAGCAUAACAUCCAGGUUCCUGAAAUACUGGUCACAGAAGAACCAGACAGGGACCAAGAAAACCAGUGCAGCGAUCAAGAAAAGACAGAAAGAUUUAAUUGGCCACAGCGCAGUGAAACACUGUCCAAGUUGCCAACAGAAAAACUCCCACCAAAGAAGAAAAGAAUUCGCUUGGCUGAAAUGGAGCAUUCAUCUGCUGAAUCCAGUGUUGACUCCACGCUUUCAAGAAGUCUAAGUCGAGAAAGCAGUUUGUCUCAUGCCUCCAGUUUUUCAGCUUCACUUGAUAAAGAUGAAAUUUCAAAGGUGGACAAUCCUUCCAAAGCAGAGCUUGUUAGUAAGUCAGCAGAAUUCCUCAUGAUUCCAGCUGGCUCUCACGUUCUGGGUGUGCCUGGCCCUCAUUAUAGGGAAAUGAGGCGCGCUGCAUCAGAGCAGAUCAGCUGCACGCAGCCCUCAAUGGAGGUAGACUACAGGAGUAAGUCUUUUGAUUGUGGAAGCAUAUCUCCAUCAAAACCUGCUUCACUUGCAGAGGUAGCUGCUCCAAAACUGUCAUCUGGAAAUGGAGUUACUGGACAUGUGCCUCUGCUAGAAAGAAGGAGGGGGCCAUUUGUAAGACAAAUAUCUUUAAAUAUUGCUCCAGAAAGUCAUCCAGUUAAAUCAACUUCUUCAUUUCAGACAGCCCAUGCUGCUGAUGUGCCAUUUCACAGGCUACAGACCUCCAGCAAAUCGUUGGUGAAGUUUCCUUCAAGUACUCAGCAUUUGCAAACGCACUCAAGGCCUCACUCAGCAAUUCAAAAUUGUAAUCCGGGUAAUACGUCUUUGGUUCAGCAGCCUCUGGACCAUGUUUUGAAUAAUCAAGGACAAACACCUUCAAUGCAUCAGCUUUCCCAGACCUCUACCAAAAAAUCAGCCCAAGGGGAACAAGUGAACACGAACACACUUUCUUGUCAUCUUGAUGAGAAAAGAGAUUGCUUUGCUCCAAAAUAUCAACUCCAAGUUAAAACAUUACAUAUAGGUCAGCCAUACUCUUCAAAAUUGCUAAAAAAUAAUCUAUCAAGUCAGUCUGUCUCAAGUCACGUUGGGGCGGACCAGAACAUGCCUUCUUUUGAGCUGCAGGCUAAACUGUCCGACAGUAUGUCUAACCCAUACUCUGUGCCUCCUCUAAAACAAAUUAUUCCUAACAACUGCAACGGUCAGUUACAUCAGAUUCCUCCUUUUGUAGUUCCCGUCCGUAUUCACAGUAGUAUGCCAUCAUAUGGCUUUGCAACUGUUACACCCCUUCCUCACAUUUUGGUGACUCAGGAUCAGGUAAGCCAGUCUGCUUCCAAAACAAAUGCUGUGAUGGUGCCAACGCUUGAAAGCAAAGCUCAGCUGCCAAAAUCUCAUAAAGAUCAUAAGAGGACUUUGCCAAAUUCAUUUGAAUUUGAAAAUCCACUACCAGAAAGUGGAACCAGAAACUUACCUUUGUCAAGCUCUUUGAAUAUUAUUCAGAAAGUGCCGGUUAGUGGACUUUUCCCUCAACAGGAAGCUACAGCUUCAAGUAAAAGAAUGCUUUCCCCAGCCAACAGUUUAGAUAUUGCCAUGGAAAAACAGCAAAAACGUGUUAAAGAUGAGAGUGGAGCUGCAUGCAUGACAGAAGGUAGGCCACUGCAUCCACUGAAUGUUCGAUCUAAUGACCCUACUGGUAAGCAAAAGAAACCUGUUUUGGUGAGACAGGUUUGCACCACAGAGCCUCUCGAAAAUCACCUCUUAGAUCCUGAUGGUGUUGCACAGCAUGAAAAAAGCAGCAAAGCCAGUACUUCAGACCUGCUGUUGCCUAACCGUCAUUCAUCUGAAACUGGUGUUUCAGAAACUCUGAAGGAAUCAUCAGAAUCAGAAGACCUUAAGUCUUCAGCAUCACCAGUGUUUGUAGUUAGAAAACCAUCUGAACCAUCUCCAGUGAGUAGUCAGAAUUCUAUUCCAAAGGCAGUAAACAGCAGUCAAGAAAGAAGGUCCCCAGGUAAUAGUCAUGAAAGUGAGCUAAUCAGUAGCCAGGGCCAAGCAAAGCUACUGACUACACUAGCUGUGAUGAAUGCAGGAGAAAUGCAGAGGUUGUCAUUUCCAAGCCUCAAGACCUCAACAAGUUUUACCUGGUGUUAUCUCUUGAAGAGGAAACCAUUACACCUGCUGCAAAAUGAUCAGAAGAUUUCAGCCUAUUCUACGUGGACCAUUAGUCCCAGCAAUCCCAAUCCUCUAGGCUUGUCAACAAAGGUGGCUCUUUCUCUCCUCAACUCGAAACAGAAAGUGGAAAAACCGCUAUACACUCAAGCAAGAACUACUCAUCCCAGGUCGGAUAUACUGGUCUAUUCAAGCAAGUGGAAGAACAGCUUAACCAAGCGAGCGUUAAAUAGGAAAAAAAUAACUGCAUCUGAAUUCAGCAAUAAGGAAAGCUCCGAGUCGAGCACUGAACACGAUAAAGAAAAUUCCUUUAUCAAAAGCGAGCCAAGAAGGGUGAAAAUCUUCGAUGGAGGGUACAAAUCAAAUGAAGACUAUGUGUAUGUUCGGGGGAGAGGAAGAGGGAAAUAUAUAUGUGAAGAAUGUGGAAUACGUUGCAAGAAACCUAGUAUGCUGAAGAAGCAUAUUCGCACACAUACAGAUGUCCGUCCUUAUCAUUGCAAUUACUGCAACUUCUCCUUCAAAACUAAAGGAAAUUUGACAAAACAUAUGAAGUCAAAGGCACAUAGCAAGAAGUGCAUGGAUUUGGGAGUCUCGGUAGGCUUAAUAGAUGACCAGGAUGGAGAAGAAGAAUUUGGAGAGAAGCAAAGAUUGGGCUGUGAUCGGUCAGGGUUUGAUGCGGAGGAAUCUGACGGUGCAGAUGAAGAUGAAAAUGACAACGAAGAUGAUGAUGAAGACAGCCAAGCUGAGUCAGUCCUAUCCACAACCCCCUCGGUGACAGCCAGCCCCCAGCAUCACCCCUCUCGACAUGGCCUGCAGGAUGCCACAAGUGCUGAUGAGGACAGCAGACUGCCGGACUGCUUUGGCGGGAUUCACACGGACUCUAUGGAUGGUCUCCCAAAAGCACUGCUCACAAAGAUGACUGUCCUUAGUGCUGCGCAGUCGGUUAGCAGGACCUCCAGGUCACCAGCAGAGUUUACCCACCAGGAAGAAAAUGAGGACAAAGCCCAGGAGAGGGGAGCUGGUCCCCACAGUGCAAGUACUGCACUGGUAGACUCUGCUCCUGCAUCUCCAGGUCGCCAUAUGUCCGUGGAUUACCCCGAUCCGGAAACAACUGUGGCCCACUCCUCCGUAGCAACCACAAUUCUUACGAAGAGCACGCCCUCUGCCAGCUCUCCCUCAUCACCCGCGGACCAGAGCCUGCGGACCACAACGGCAUCGCCCUACACCGAAGUCCAGGAGGAGAAGCCGCCCAGCGCCCCACUGCGCUCCGCCGAGUUGAGGCCUAGCCAGACACACCUCUUCAGCCACCUGCCGCUGCAUUCCCAGCAGCAGGCCAAGGCACCCUACAGCAUGGUGCCAGUAGGGGGGCUUCAAGUUGUCCCCGCCGGCCUGGCCACCUACUCCACCUUUGUGCCCAUUCAAGCGGGGCCGGUGCAACUCACCAUUCCUGCCGUUGGCGUCAUCCACAGAACUACGAGCGGCCUCGGCGAGGUGGGUUGCGCCGCCUCGGGUGCCGCCACGAAUCCUGUCGGGGUUGCUGAAGUGAACAGCGUUGUGCCGUGUAUUCCUAUUGGCCAGAUCAACGUGCCGGGCAUCCAGGGUCUCAGCACACCCAGCUUGCAGCCUCUCCCACCCCUCGGCAUGGAGACGGUGAACAUCUUAGGCCUGACAAACACAAACAUAGCCCCACAGAUGCGCCCGCCUGGAAUCACUCUGAAUGCCGUCGGCCUCCAGGUCCUGACUGCCAGCGCUACCCCCCAGGGCAAGCCCAGCCCUCAGGCGCACAUCCCAGGCUUGCAGAUACUGAACAUUGCCUUGCCCACCCUCAUCCCCUCCAUCAGCCCGGUCAGCGCGGAUGGGCAAGGAGCCUCUGAACCACCAGCUGCAGGCAGCAAAGCUGGUGACGUCCAGCAAGAGCCAGCUCCUGCCAGCUUCCCCGACGUCGGCCAUGUGGCCAGGGCUGCUUCUCCUCAGGUGGUUGCCGGUGCCCAGCAGUACAGCGUGAAGAGCCUUGCGGAGCCUGCCCCUGUGAGUGACUAUGAAAGACUCAAUGGGCCGGGGAAAGGCGAUGCUGAAAAGACUGACCUCACCAACCACAAUAAGCCCAAGUGCGACGUCUCUUUGGUUCAGGUCAAAAGGGCUUCCCCGGUACAGCCCCGCUCGAAGGUGAAUUCCGAUGUUCUAACCAAGUCCCCGGUCCAUCGAACUGUGUCUCCGGAUAGACAGAGCACUUCAGGACCAGAAAAUCAUUUAUAUUACUGUGAUCAUCUGCCAGUCUUACUAAUCCAGCUAUUAGAAACGCACACGCUAGAAAUGAGAAAUUGCUCUCGGAUCAGACGUGAACGUUCGUGACAUUUCUGAUUGUGUGGAGCCUCCACUGAGGGCUGAGCACCCAAACCACGAAGCACUCUCAACUCACAUUGAAGUUAAUGAGAGUUAAGAGUUCUCAGCACUCCGCAGCGUCGGACUUCAAAGUUGUGUUUUGAAGACAACAAGGUCAAGAGAUGGAAGCGGUAUCUUGAAGAGCAGGAAUGACAAGACAACAGAUAAUGUCAUAACGAGGAAAGUUAAGAUGUCUGUCGUUUGUGUUUCAGAGCAAGAGCUCCCACACCUAGCGCUGAUGAAUUCUGCUGGACUGGGUACCUGGCUUCCCUGUGGAUAUCCUGUUCUCCUGUGAAUCACUGUUCCUCCUCAAUACAUCCUCCAGCUCAGAUCAAAGACGCAG